GCUAGGCAAGGACUGUCCUAUGGGGAGGAGAAACGAGACUGGGCUGCGAGUUGGCGAUAGGGUUUCGCUUUGGGGGCGUGGCUUAGGGGUCCUCGCUUUCCCGCCGACGGUUGGCCACGUCACGUGACAUGGGUUGGAAGAUGGCGUCUCCCACAGACGGGACAGAUCUGGAAGCAUCUUUGCUAAGUUUUGAAAAACUUGACCGUGCCUCACCAGAUCUUUGGCCAGAGCAAUUACCAGGUGUUGCUGAAUUCGCUGCUUCCUUCAAAAGUCCUAUUACUAGCUCCCCACCCAAAUGGAUGGCUGAAAUAGAACGUGAUGAUAUUGACAUGUUGAAAGAACUGGGAAGCCUCACCACGGCUAAUUUGAUGGAGAAGGUACGAGGCCUACAGAACCUGGCCUAUCAGCUGGGACUGGAUGAGUGCGCAUUAGCGGGGAGCUGGAUCAGAAGCUGAGGAGCCAGGACUCAAAUGCCAGCAUUGCACAAGGUGCUUAACCCUCUGCACUACAGCAUCACCAUCGCCCAAGGGUGUGAGUGUGUUUUAAAUCAAGAACAGUGGUUAGAUUUUUAGUCAGUCCUUUAGCGAGAACAAAGCCAGAAGCAAUAGGUGUGCUUCGGGAUAGAGGAAAGAACUGGGUGCCUAUGUCUCUAUCGAGAUUCAGAUUCUGUGGCCUGAAUCUCCCUGGAUCUGUGUGAAUUAAGUCUCUUGAUAAAAGAGUUUGACUUGAGGGGUUUAUGGUGUAGCAGGUAAAGCCACCACCUGCAGUGCCUUCAUCACAGUGGGGGCUGGUUUGAGUCCAGGCUGCUCCACUUCUGAUCCAGCUCCCUGCUAUGGCCUGGGAAAGCUGUAGAAGUGGGUGCAUGGGCCCCUACACCCACGUGGGAGACCCAGAAGAGUGCCUGGCUCCUGGCUUCGGACUGGCGCAGCUCCAGCCAUGGUGGCCAUUUGGGGAGCAAACCAGCAGAAAGAAGACCUUUAUCUGUCUCACCCUCUCACUGUAGAGUCUGUAACUCUACCUCUCAAACAAAUAAAUAAAAUCUUUAAAAAAAAAAACAACUUUAUUGAGAUGUUUCCAACAUAGCAUAAAAUUCACCCACUUAAAGUAUGUAAAUCAAUGGGAAUUUUAGUAUAUUUACAGAAUUAUGCAAGUGUUACCACAGUCUUAAUUUUGGAAUAUUUCCACCACCCCAAAAAACACCUAGAUACCAUUUCGGUCACUCCCCAUUUCCCCUGGUUCUACCCAUCCCAGCCUACAAGCCAACCCAAGAUAACCACUAACCAGCCUACCAUCUCUGGAUUGCAUCCUUUUUUAUUACCAAAUAAUAUUCUGUUGCAGGGACAUGUCAUAUUUUAUUUAUUUGGUCAACAGUUAGUAGACAUGUGGGUUUCUGCUGUUUAGCUGUUAUGAAUAAUAUUGUCAUGAAUAUUUGUGCACAAGUUUUUGUGUCAUUACUAUUUUUAUUUUCUUACCAGCAAACCACAUAAGCACAACAAAAAGUGUAGCAUAAGGGGGUACAUAUAAAAUAAGAAUAGCUGAAAGCUAACCUUUAUUGAAGCUUGGGGAUAGGGACGUGAGGUUCAUGCUUAAAAAUUUUCCAUAAUUAAAAAAACACCUUGGGCUGGCAUCCCAAAUGAGCACUGAUUGAUUCGCGCCUCAGCUGUUCCACUUCCGAUCCAGCUCCCUGCUGAUAUGUCUGGGAAGCAGUGGAAGAUGGCCCAAGUGUAGCCCCUAUCACCCACGUGGGAGACCUGGAUGGAGUUCCAGGCUCCUGGCUUCAUCAUGGCCCAGCCUUAGCCAUUGCAGCCAUCUGCAGAGUGAACCAGUGGAUGGAAGAUUUAUUUCUCUCUCUCUCUCCCUCUCUUCCUCUCUCCUUCCCUCCCUCCCUCCCUCCUCCCCCUCUGUUACUCUGUCUUUCAAAUAAAUAAAUCUUUAAAAAAAAGAAAAACAACCUCACCAAAUACUUUCUGGAAGUAUAACUCUAUCUCAUUAUCCCUGUAUUUUUUUAAAAAGAUUUGUUUUAGUUAUUUGAAAGACAGAAUUACAGAGGGAGGCAGAGCUAGAGAGAGAGAGAGAGAGAGAGAGAGAGAGAGAGGUCUUCCAUCCUCUGGUUUACUCCCCAGUUGGCCGCAACAGCUGGAGCUGAGCUGAUCCGAAGCCAGGAGCCAAGAGUUUCUUCCGGGUCUUCCACGCAGGUGCAAGGGCCCAAGGACUUGGGCCAUCUUCUGCUGCUUUCCCAGGCCAUAGCAGAGAGCUGGAUCAGAAGUGGAGCAGCCAGGACUUGAAGCAAUGCCCAUAUGGGAUGCUGACCCUGUAGGCUGGGGCUUUAACCCGCUGUGCCACAGCACUGGCCCCUAUCCCUGCAUUUUAUAAUGUGAUUCAUAAGGCUAGAAGUAACAUGGAUGAGUACUAAACGAGGCAUGGGCCAGGAAACAAAUGUUCACAAUGGCCAAGGCUGGGCUUUAGCCUGACAGAGCUAGGAAUCACACCCAGGCACAUUACUGUGGGAUCUGGGCAACUUAACCACUAGCCUGACACUCCUUUAACCUUCUUUUGAUGUAGACACAUGUUUAUAUAUGAUGCCAUAAAUUUUACAUUAGAACACCCAGGUAGAAUUGUAGCUUAAAAUGAGGGAAGCAUAUAUUGAGUGAUCCAAAUACAUUUAAACUGAUAAGUCACUCAGCUGUUUCUUAGUCUCCCCUUUUUCUUUGAGUCAUUUAGAAACUGUGACUGAGUAAGCAAAAAUAACCAGUCCUUUUUGCUUCAUCAUGCUCAGUGCUAGAUUUCAUUUCAAGGAACCCUGGGAUUUGAUAUUUCCUAUAUUGAGCUGGAAUGUAGAAGUAUGGCUUAUUGUGAUUCCAUUUACAAUUGGUUGGCCAUCUUAAGAUACAAAAAGCUGAAUGAUAGGUCAUCUUCUAUUUUUUUUUUUAAAUCUCAGUCAUAUAUUCUUGCUUUGUUUCUUGGAGUGAAAGUUUUAGAAUAUAUGCUUACAAUGCUGAAUAGCUUCUAGAAUAUAUAAGUUAAUUGCUCUGUUGAUGUUAACCUCAAACACAAACCAUUGUAAAGAAGCGAAUUUGUCAGUUGCUCAAGCAGAGCUUGAGUGAUCACCCAGUGGUUCAGAGGCCGGCUCUGUGGCAUAAUAGGCUACGCCCUGCCCUGCGGUGCCGGUUCAAGUCCCAGCUGCUCUUCUUCUGAUCCAGCUCUCUCUGCUAGUGGCCUGGGAAAGCAAUGGAGGGUGACCUAAGUUCUUGGGCCCCUGCACCCACAUGAGAGACCUGGAAGAAGCUUCGGGUUUCUGGCUUAGAUCAGCCCAGCUCUGGCCAUUGUGACCAUCUGGGGAGUGAACCAGCAGAUUUCCAUAUCCCAGACACUCUGUCUCUCUCUCUCUCUCUCUCUCUCUCUAACUCUGCCUCUCAGAUAAAUAAAUAAAAUCUUAAGAAUAAAAAAAAGUGAUUCAAAAGGACAAGUGUUAUGGUGCAGGUGGUUAAGCGACCUCCUGGGAUGCCUGCAUCCCGUAUCAAAGUGCCUAGGAUUGAGUCCUGCCUCUGCUUCCAGCUAAUGUGCACCCUAGGAGGCAGCAGGAGAUGGCUGAAGUGUGGGGUUCCCUGUCACUCCCACCGGGAGACCCGAUGGAGUUCCGGGCUCUUAGUUUCUCCCUGGCCUAACCCUAGAUGUUAUGGCCAUUUGGAGAGUGAACCAACAGAUGGAAGCUCUCUCUCACGCUCUUUCUUUUUUUCUCUUUCUCUCUGUCCCUGCCUUGCAAGUAAAAUUAACGUAAAUAAAUAUAUAAAUAAUUUUAAAAGAAGUGUCCUUGGGGCCAGCGCUGUGGCUUAGCAGGCUAGACCGGCUCUCUCAGGCGCUCCUCUUGUGAUCCAGCUCUCUGCUGUGGCCUGGGAAAGCAGUGAAAUAUGGCCAAAGUGCUGGGGCCCUUGCACCCAUAUGGGAGACCAGGAGGAAGCUCCUGGGUCCUGGCUUUGGAUUGGUCUGGUUCCCACUGUUAUGGCCAUUUGGAAAGUGAAUCAGUGGAUAGAAGACUUUUUUCUGUCUCUGCUUCUCUGUCUGUAGCUGUACCUCUCAAAUAAAUUUUUAAAAAUCUUAAAAACAGAAGUGUCCUUAGCCUGCCUGGGUAUUCUCAGAUAAUGUGUUCCUGAAGGCUCAGGUCAGACAUCACCUCCUAAGGCUGUUUCUGUCUGUUCGACCCAAGACUUCUGUGGAAUUAAUCAUCUCCAUUUCUAGCCUCAUAAUGUCUUUUAUACUCCUCUGAUAGCAUCUGUGACAUUGUUUGAUAAUUAUUUAUUUCCCAGCCUGCCCUCUACUGAGAUUCUCAAGGUUAAAGAUUUUAUUGCAGCAUUAAUACUGAGCACUGUGGGUGGCAGUCAGUAUAGAGCUAAAGUUUUGGUAUAGCUUUCUAAUCCUUGGACUGAAUGUUUUGAUUUUCUCCUUUGUUUCUAAUAUUUUUUUCCAAAAUGUUGCUAAUAUUUUUAAACAGAUAAAUUCUCCCCUCCUUUUUUUUAGCUUUAUAGUAAUAUGCUUUAAGAUAUAUGUUUUUAUCUUUGAUAAAAUACAACCCUGCCUUCUCUGUUAGUAAUACACUAGAUCUCCAGCAAAUGAGAAAAAUCAAAGACCCUGAAUAAUACAGGUUAGGGGUUCUCAACCAUGAGUUAGACUCGCCUGUGGGACUUGUUAAACUGUGAGUUCCUGGCUCACCCUCUUAUAGUGUGAUUCAGGAGAUAUGAGAUAAGGCCUGACAAAUUGUUUAUCUAACAAGUGACACUGAUGCACUUGGUCCAGGGAUCAGACUUUGAGAACCACUUAUAUAGGUUAUAAAUUGUAGCUAACUUACCUGAAGACAUCCAUUGCUUACAAUAGAAUAUAAUUCACUAGAUGUUUUGCCUUCUAUUAUAUUUUGCCAUUUUGACUAAGAUCCUAAAUAUGAGCUGUGUUUUCAGUAAGAGAGUGUUGCUUCAUUCAGCACACAUUUAUUGCAUGUUAACUGUAUGCAGGUUAAGCUCUGGAGUUUCAGUGACACAGACUAUUAUAUAUAAUAUACAAUUUUCUGGCUCAGGCUAUUUUUGUCUUCUAAUUAUCUAAAGCUAAUAAUCCAUGAGUGUUGUAAAUAAGAUCACUUAUAACAUCAAAUAGGAUAUUCUGAAAAACAGAAGAUUAAUUAGCUGUUAUUUUUAAUCACAGGAAAAAUAACCACUACCAUGUGACUUCCUAUAUAGAUAUGCCAUACAAUCAAUGUCUUAGAUGAUUGUGACGUGCUUGUAAAAUAAAAGUUGUACAUUUAGGGGCCAGCAUUAUAGCGCAGCGAGUUAAGUUGCUGCCUGUGAAACCAACAUCCCAUGUGAGCACUCAGUCCAAUCCAAGCUUCUCUACUUCUGAUCCAGCUCCCUGCUGGUGUGUGUGUGGGAAAGCAACUGAAGAUGACCCAAGUGAUGGGCCCCUUCCACUCAUGUGGGAGACCCAGAUGGAGUUCCAGGCUCUUGCUUUGGCUUGGCCAAGCCCUGGCCUUUGUGGCUAUUUGGGGAGUGAACCAGUAGAUGGAAGGUCUCGCUGUCUCUCCCUCCCCUCUCUGCAACUCUACCUUUCAAAAUAAAUAAAUAAAUCUUUUCUUGUAAAAAGAAAAGAAAUUGUACCUUUGUACUCUCCUACAUGAUUUUUUUUUUUUUUAUUUUUUUUUAUUUUUUAUUUUUUUGACAGGCAGAGUGGACAGUGAGAGAGAGAGACAGAGAGAAAGGUCUUCCUUUGCCGUUGGUUCACCCUCCAAUGGCCGCCGCGGCCGGCGCGCUGCGGCCGGCGCACCGCGCUGAUCCGAUGGCAGGAGCCAGGAGCCAGGUGCUUAUCCUGGUCUCCCAUGGGGUGCAGGGCCCAAGCACCUGGGCCAUCCUCCACUGCACUCCCUGGCCACAGCAGAGGGCUGGCCUGGAAGAGGGGCAACCGGGACAGAAUCCGGCACCCCGACCGGGACUAGAACCCGGUGUGCCGGUGCCGCUAGGCGGAGGAUUAGCCUAGUGAGCCGCGGCGCCGGCCUACUCCUACAUGAUUUAAGAGGAAAAAGAUAUUUAAAAUUAAAGCUUACUGGACGACUAUUUUUUUCCAGGUAUGUUAGGGAAAUUAUCUUUGAAAGUCUCUUCCCUCGAUGAAUUUAUUAUCCAGUCAGGUUGAGAAAAUGAACCAUACAUAUGUGAAACCAUAAUGCAAACAAUUAAAAAUCAAAUUAUCAGCUAGAACAAGUAAUUCGUUUUAAAUUGGAUAAAUCAGCAUCUAUAAGGUAAAAGAGUGAUCAAAGUAAGGUAGGAUUAGUGAGAUCAUCGUUUAUAUACAGAGCUGUUGAUAGGAUGAGGACGAACUAGUUGGGUAUUAGUUGGACUAUGAGAGUUUCAGUUAAGCUGUUCCUUCUUGUAACUGUUAGCUCUCAGACUGCUUAGACCUUAAUCUUGCUACCUACCUCAAAAGCUUUGUCUGAGGGGCUUCUGAGCAAGUUAAGCUGCUGCUUGUGACACUGGCAUCCCAUAUCAGAAUGCCCCUGGAAAGGCAGCGGAAGGUGGCCCAGGGACUUGGGUUCCUGCCACCUUGUGGAAGACCAGGAGGAAGUUCCUGGCUCCUGGAUUCAGCUUGGCCUGCAUCUGGCUGUUGUGGCCAUUCGGGGAGUGAACCAGUGGAUGGGCGAUCUUUCUCUCUGUUCCUCUCUAUUGCUCUGCCUUUCAAAUAAAUAAAUCUUUAAAAAAGUUUUUUUUCUUCUGAGAAGAAGAAUAAAUAACCAUGAACUCAUUUCUUCUGCCUCCCAGAGAAUUUUGUAGAAGCAACAUGUUGAGCCAUGGAGCUUCACUUAUACCUGUUUUAUGGGCAAUGUGAAAUUUGCUCAUAGAUUUGUCAGCUUUAUUUCUGAAGUAAGAGAAAGAUUGGUUGGAAGGCAGCAGCUUUUUAUUAUUAGACUUACCCCAAGUUCAAUUUGGUAGACUUAAAAAAAAUAUGUAAUCUGUUUUUGAUUGUUGGUCAUGUGUAAUUUGUUCCUCAUCCAAAGAAUUUAACGAUGGAAAUAAACAUUCAUGACAUGAAAAGUUACCCUCUUUCUAAAGCUUUUCCUGUCCAUCCAUUUCCAAGCCCUCUGCAGAAUUAAUUAUUCCCACCUCUGUUUCCUGGCCCACUCUUCCCCGUACUCAUUCAUGUUACUUCUAGCCUUAUGAAUUACAUUAUGAUAUGUAGUGAUAAUGAGAAAAGGCUGUAUUUCCAGAAAAGUAUUUGGUGAGGUGGUUUUUUUUUAAUUAUGGGAAAAUUUCAAGCAUAUACUAAACUAGGGAGAAUAUUAUAAUGAACCCAAGUGCCCAGCCCCCAGCUUUAAUAAUGAUCAGCUUUCUGCAGUUUUUAUUUUAUCUAUGCCCCCUUAUACUACACUUUUUGUUGUGCUUAUGUUUGCUGGCUAUUUUAAAGCAAAUCCUGGAUGUCAUAUUGUUUCAUCUAUAUAAUUUUUUUAAGAUUAUUUAUUUAUUUAUUUAUUAGAGAGGCAGAGACAGAGAAAGUGAAGGCUUCCAUUGCUGGUUAACUCUCCAGAUGGCUGCAGUGGCUGGAGCUGGGCCGAUCUGAAGCCAGGAGCCAGGAGCUUCUUCCAGGUCUCCCAUGUGGUUGCAGGGGCCCAAGAAGUUGGGCCAUCUUCUACUGCUUUCCCAGGCCAUAGCAGAGAGCUGGAUCAGAAGUGGAACAUCUGGGACUUGAACUGGCACCCAUAUAAGAUGCCAGCACUGCAGGCAGCAGCUUUACCUGAUAUGCCACAGUGCCAGCCCCUCAUCUAUAGAUAUUUUAGUGUGUAUCUUUAAACAAAACAGUCCACCCCUUUUAUUUUUUGUUUUUUUAAAAUGUUUAUUUAUUUGAAAGGCAGAGAGAGAAUGAGAAUGAAUCUUUCAUUUACUAGUUUACUCCCCAAAUUGCUGCAAUACCCAGGGCUAGGCUGAAAUCAGGAGCCAGGAGCUCAAUCCUGGUCUCCCACUUGGGUAGCAGGCACCCAAGCACUUGGCCAUCCUCCACUGCCUUCCUAGGUACAUUAGCAGAAAGCUGGCUAGGAAACAGAAGAGCUGGGACUCAAACUAGCAUGGGAUGCCUAGGUUGUAAGCAGUGGCUUAGCCUACUGUGCCACAAACAGUGCCACUAUUAUCACACUGAACAAAAGUAAAUAAUAAUUCCUUAAUGGCAAAAUUGUAUUUUUUAAUUGGCUUAUUUGAAUCAGGAUCCAGGUGAGGUCCACACAUUGCAUUUAGCUGAAUGAAUCUUAAGUCUCUUUUUUGUUUUGUUUGUUUGUUUGAAAAGAUUUAUUUAUUUGAAAGUCUGAGUUACAGAGAGAGAAUGAGAGGCAGAGAGAGAGAGGUCUUCCAUCCGCUAGCUCACUGCCCAAUUGGCUGCAACGGCUGGAGCUGUGCCGAUCCAAAGCCAGGAGCCAGGGGCUUCUUCUGGGUCUCCCACAUGGGUGCAGGGACCCAAGGACUUGGGCCAUCUUCUACUGCUUUCCCAGGCCAUAGCAGAGAGCUGAUCAGAAGUGGAGCAGCCAGGACUCAAACUGGCAUCUGUAUGGAUGCUGGCCUUGCAGGUGGUGGCUUUACCCACUAAGCCACAGCGCCAGCCCCAAUCUUAAGUCUCUUAAUCUUUCCUAUAAUCACACCCCAACUUCCCCCAGGAUUUUACCCCAUGAAAUUUAAUUGAAAAAAACUGGGUGUUGGGCCAGCGCUGUGGCGCAGUAGGUUAAUCCUCUGCCUGCGGUGCUGGCAUCCCAUAUGGCCACUGGUUCUAGUCCCGGCUGCUCCCCUUCCAAUCCUGCUCUCUGAUAUGGCCUGGGAAAGCAGUAGAAGAUGGCCCAAAUGUUUGGGACCCUGCACCCACAUGGGAGAGCGGGAAAAAGCUCCUCGCUCCUGGCUCCUGGCUUCAGAUCGCCCAGCUCCAGCUGUUACAGCCAUUUGGGGAGUGAACCAAGAGAAGGAAGAUCUUUCUCUGUAUCUCUCCCUCUCACUGUCUAUAACUCUGCCUCUCAAAUAAAGAAUAAAGCUGGGUGUGUCCUGUAGGAAUUUACCACAUUUUAAAUUUGGAUAAUACCUGGAGGUAUCAUUCAAUAUGUUCUUUCUCCCCAAAUUUCUUGUAAGCUGAUGGCGCUAGAGAAUGGACUGAUUUUGAACUCAGUAUUUUUGGCAAGAAUAUUUCCUAAGUGCUACUGUGUUCUUCCUGUUGCUUAAUAUCAAGAAGUAUGUGGUGUGUUUGUGCCAUUUUGAGUAAGUUUCAAUGGGUUUGAUCCUGUUCAUGAUAAUCAUGACGGUAGUCAUUGUUAAUACUCUAUUAAAUCAGCAUCUAUUUGUUAUACUUGAAGUGCAGUCUAAGGAGAAAUGGCAAUAAAAAUGCUAGCUUUUUUUCCUCUUUUUAAGUCAGUUUUCAGAAUGAGUUGAAGUGAUUGAGGGCUUUUUAAAAUAUCAUAGAUGUUUGUAUUUCAUGUAUUUUGACCUAUUACAAUCAUCAUUUUUUACUUUAAAACUGUCCCACCUUUAGUGGAUAUACCUUCAAGUCGGCUCCUGUGUCGUCUUUUUUUUUCCCCUAAGUUUUAUUUAUUUCUUUGUAAGGCAGAGUUGCAGAGAAAGGGAGAGACAGAGAGAUAGAGAGAUCUCCUAUCUGCUGCUUCACUACGCAAAUGGCCAGGACUGAGCCAUUGGAUCCAGAUCUCCCACAUUGGGUGACAGGGGCCCAACAGGGAGCUGGAUCAGAAGUGGAGCAGCGAGGACUGCCAGUUUGAGUCCUGGCUUCUCUGCUUCGAUGCAGCUCCCUGAUGAUGGCCUGGGAAAGCAGUAGAGGAUGACCCAAGUACUUGGGCUCCUGCACCCUCAUGGCAGACCAGGAAGAAGCUCCUGGCUCCUGGCUUCCAAUUGUUCUAGCUCUGGCCAUAGCAGCCAUUUGGGGAGUGAACCAGCAGAUAGAAGACCUCUUUCUGUAUAUAACUCUGCCUCUCAAGUAAAUAAAUAAGUCUUUAAAAAAAAAUAAUAAGUACUAGGGACUGGCGCCGUGGCUCACUUUGUUAAUCCUCUGCCUGUGGCGCCUGCAUCCCAUAUGGGCACCGGUUCUAGUCCCAGUUGCUCCUCUUCCAGUCCAGCUCUCUGCUGUGGCCCGGGAGGGCAGUGGAGGAUGGCCCAAGUGCUUGGGCCCCUGCACCCGCAUGGGAGACCAGAUCGGAGCAGUGCCGGCCGUAGUGGCCUUUUGGGGAGUGAACCAACGGAGGGAAGACCUUUCUCUCUCUCUCUCGCUCUCACUGUCUAUAAUUCUACCUGUCAAAUAAAAAAAAAAAGUACUAAAAAGUUCAUAUCAAUUAAGAAAAUAGUUUUUAAAGGAAAGAUUAUAUUUUUUUCUUGCUGGUGUUUUAAAUUAAAUCUAUAUUAUCCAAUGAACCAUACAUGAAGAUUCAUUGACAUUUUCCUUGAUAGCUUAAACUAGAACUAGCUGCAGUUAAAACCCGGAUUCUAAUUCUAUAGACAGGGCCACCUCUAACAAUAUUAAAAUAAAACUGUAUUAUUCCAUGGCUUACAGAAGAAUUCUCCAAUAACCAUGGGAAUGCUUGUGGUAUGAAGACAGCAUCUUAAAUCUCUAUGCAAGUCGUACACAAAGUGUUAUUGCAAUGAAAAAAUAGUGUUGUGAAUAAUACCUGCUCACAGCUCAAGACACUUGAUGUAUCUUGGACCUCAGUGUUUGUUGGAUUUUGCAAUUUCAGGAGAAAGAUUUGUAUUUUUUUUAAGUUCUAUAUAUUUCUGUACAUUCUACUUGAUGUCAACUCUGUAUUCUUAGGUUGUAGGGUUCCAUUAAAAAAAAUAAAUAAUCUCAGUCCCUCCUCUCUCCACCCCCCUCCCCCCCACACUCAUUUUGUAUAAUAUGGUAAUGAUAUCACCGUAGCAGUAAUUACGGGUCAUCUUCAUUUCUUUCAUCUCUGCCUGUUCUGAUGGCUUCAUUCCUUUGACGGAAAAGAUUUGGCUCUGGGUGCUAUGAUUAUUUUGUUAAGCGUUAUUCGAAUAGACAGGAGUGAGAGAAAUUAAUCAAUCCAAAUGCAAUUAGCAUCAUGUUUAACCCAGUGAUGGACGUCUCAAGGUGAAACAGCCAGGGGAGUUUCAGACAUUAUUAUUCAAUCCAGUGGUUCUUAUCUAAAUCAUAAUCAAGAGAGGUUUGUCUUGGCCUCUCCGUGUAAAGAUGUAACUCUUUCCCUGCCCUGGUUGGGUCAAGAAGAACGGCUUUCAUCCUCUGUAGACUCUUGCUGCUGCCGGCACCUUGAAGAGGGCUGGACCAAGCCGGGAAGCCGUCUGCACACCCACGUCAUUUGAAAUUACACAUACUCUGAUCUUGCUCCGAUUUUCCCGAGAGUCGAAUCUAGCCUAAGAAUAAAUUGUGCUGUUCAACUUGGCAACACAUUUUGUGUGCUGGUCAAGUCACUUUGACUAGUUGUUCUGUCUUAACCUUACAUGGUAGAUUAUUAUAGUGAUUCUCACUUUAAGGAUGAGGAUAUUAAGACUGUGUGAAGCUACUAGCCUUUGGCUAUGAUGCUAUAAUAAGGGUUUCACCAGGAUGUAUCACUGUGUAAAGACCCUGAAACAUGAAUGUUCUGCACAAAUUUAUGAGUCCUUAAUAAAAGUUCUGGCCCCCAGAGUAUUAAUCCAUUGCUUUGAUCUCAUUGCCUUUCCCUCAGUUGAGUUUUACCCUUGAAAAGGGAAUUAAGUGAAACUGUGCAAUAGGCCUGUGAGGCUCUCUGAAAAAGAAGCAAAAUACAAGCAGGAAGUUGUUAGCUCUCAUUUCUUGAAUGCAAAUCUUUUGAGUUUUUGGUGGUGGUGGUGGUUUGAUUUGGUUUGGUUUGUAGUAGGGAGAAAGAUGAUAGAGAAAGAUUGCACAUUCGAAGUCUUGUCUUGUUUGGCUUUAAAAGGGGGCACUGCAAAGGAGCUGAUGGAGAAACACAGGCUUUCACCUGAAUACAGCAUUUUUCAAGUCCCUGACAAUUAAGAUUCUUCCACUUCUGCCUUCAAUCUUCAGGCAUCAUGGCUGACACUUCCCAUAUUUUAUGUUCCUGCUGGAUGCUUUAUAUUCUGAAAAUAAAUCUGUUGGCUGGAUAUUCCUGUCCUUUUUUUUUUUCCUCUUGUGAAAAGCCAUUAAAAUUAUUUUCCAUAUUGGAACUGUCCAAAUUUGUUUACCUGCACACUGAGUCCUGGCUUUUCUUUUUCGUAUUACCUCUUGGAUAAACCAUUCUCUAGAAAUGUCUUUACUUGUGAAUAAAAGAAAAAAUGUUUGUUUUAAAACUAUCUUCGUCGGGCCGGCGCUGUGGCGCUGGCAUCCCAUAUGGGUGACGGAAUCUGGUCCUGGUUGCUCCUCUUCCAGUCCAGCUCUCUGCUGCGGCCCGGGGGGCAGUGAAGGAUGGCCUAAGUGCUUGGGCCCUGCACCCGCAUGGGAUACCAGGAGGAAGCACCUGGCUCCUGGCUUCGGAUCGGUGUAGCUCUGGUUGUAGCAGCCAUUUUGGGGGGUGAACCAACAGAAUGAAGACCAUUCUCUUUGUCUCUCACUGUCUGUAACUCUACCUGUCAAAUAAAAAAAAAUUUUAAAAUUAUCUUUGUCCACAGUCACUGGGAAGAGCUCUGUUCUUAGACACCCCACCCUUCUGGUAGAAAAACUCCUGUUUUUCAAGGGAAAAAACAAUCUAUUAGAGCCAAUAGAAAGGGAAUCCUGGAAUUUGUGUUCCUAAAAAGGCUCUUUUUUUUUUUUUUUUUUUAAAGAAUUCUGAAGAUGAAAAUUUUUGAGUCUAUGAUAGUUUGGUCACAGAUACAGCACCCAGAUUUAUAAUAUUUUAAUUUCCCUUUUGAAAUUUCUUUUUGACAGGCAGAGUGGGCAGUGAGAGAGAGAGAGACAGAAAAGGUCUUCCAUUUGCCAUUGGUUCACCCUGCAAUGGCCGCCGCGGCCGGUGUGCUGCAGCCGGCGCACCGCGCUGAUCCGAAGGCAGGAGCCAGGUGCUUCUCCUGGUCUCCCAUGGGGUGCAGGGCCCAAGGACUUUUGCCA